CCUUGAAGCACUUGCGUUGGCGAAGGAAUGGACGAAGGCGAAGCAAUUCUCUUGGGCAUCCCAGCAAACGACGUCCGCGUCGACGAAACGUGUCCAUAUACAGCCAAGCUAGGAGGCGUUCCAGCCUGGUAUGAUGCGUCCAAGGCCAUCCCCAAGGCUGACUUGGUGUGCCCACAAUGCUACAAUCAGCUGUACUUGGUGGCCCAAGUGUAUGCUCCUGUGACGACGCCACGUACGUUGUACAUUUUCGGAUGCAAUUCCGCCAAAUGCGUCCACGUACCCCAAAGCUGGAGGGUGUUUCGAUUUCAAGUCGACGACAAUGACCAACCCAAGCCCACUGCGGCGGUGGAAACGUCUACACGUCCACCAGUGGCGUCGAUUGGUUGGGGUCGCGACGACUCAAACAGCGACGACGACGAUGACGACGAUGGAUGGGGAAGUGUUCCAGGCUCGACGUGGGGGUCCACGCCCUCCGCCACCACAAGCGACAUCGACUUGGAAGCAUUGCUGAACGAUCGCGACAAUGCCAUUCAAUGCAGCAGCAGGAGCAGCCCCCAGCCCCCGCCAGCUCCGACCACCAAGCCAGACAUCUCUGUUGUCGUCAGCAAGAAUACGUCCAUCGAAGACGAGUCGAGUUCCCAUUUUGCGUCCAUCUUUCUGCACGUGGACGACGAACCUGCCGUGAGUGGGACCGAGAGGUUCCAACAUGAAACGCAACUGCUGAAUGCGUACUUGGCGGACGAAGAGAAAGAGAACGCGUCGGAAGUGGCGAGACUGCGGACGAUACUCAAGGCCAAACCAUCCUCGUCCGACGGGCACCACGACACAACGAGCGGAGGCGACCACGCUGAGGCGUACGAACGCACGCCGCUGCGCGACAAGCUCUUUUUGCGCUUUCAAAAGCGACUCAAACGCAGUCCUAGCCAGUGUUUGCGGUACAAUUACGGCGGCGACCCGCUGUGGCCAUCUCCGCCUCCAGCUAAACUCGACGUGCCAACGUGUGCGUGCGGUGAUGCUCGGGUGUUUGAAAUGCAGCUCAUGCCAGCUACGAAUUACUUUUUAAAAGUCGAAAAUUACGUCAAGGCCACGACGACAGCGACCCCCGUGGAUACUCUACCUGACACGACUACUACUACCCGCCGCCAUCCAUCGUCGAAAACGAUCCUCGACGGAGGGAUGGAUUGGCAGACGGUGGCCAUCUGGUCGUGUCCGUCGAGUUGUGCGGCAAGCCACGAAGAAUUUGCCUACGUCAUGCCACCCAUCGUGGAUUAACACGUAUAAACCAACUAAUAUAUAUCGACGACGGCAUCAAUGUUGUCCAAU